AUGUCGGCGUUGACCCCUGGUUGCCACAAUCUCAAACCCGGGACUGGAUGGAAGUUCGUUGCACUGCUCCUCGACAGCGGUGCACAACACAGUUUUAUCAAGGAAGAUAUUGCGCAUAAGCUCGGACUGGCCUUCAAAGAUCCGCAGCCAGUCACGACAAAAAGUUUCGGGGGACACACUACCACCGAAACUUCCUACACUGUUUCACUUACUCUUCGAGAUCAGGCAGACGCAGAGAUGCGCCUAAUCCUGACCACUCGAAAAGUUAUUACGUCCGUUCGAGCAAAUGCUCAUGUUUCACGUCGAAACAUCAAAUUACUACGCCAUUCCAAUAAGUCUAUGGCCACAGGAGACAUCGAGAUUGACGUUCUCAUUGGCAUAGAUCAUUAUUGGAAGAUUGUCGACUUGAGCAAAACUCAAAGGUUGUCAUCAGGACUUACCUUAGUGCAUACGCGCUUCGGUCCUGUGACGUACGGAUUGAAAGAGCCUCGCGACAAACGCACGUAUUCCAAGUCCCUAUCGGUAUGCGGUUUGGAAUCGCGUUCGGAACAGGACGGUCCCGACCCGGACGUUAGACAACUAUGGGAGCUUGAGUUCAUCGGCAUCACAGACAGCACUACUCCACGGCAGGAUGAGGAAAUCAAUGCCGAAGUAGUUAAGCGCUACUACGACACUGUGCAGAUCGCUCAAUCAAUCCAACUUAUUCCGCUGGAGCUCCACGCCUGCUCAUUCGGCGGCGUAGAGGAAGAAGCCCAGUGGAGGAAGUCGCAAAGACUUGCUACUUCAUCGACACCUCCACCGAGGAUUCAACCACCGCGUGCCGUCAAGAGAGCACUUUCACGAUGA